GCUCCGGGUGAUGUCCUUUAUGGAUGUAAUAUAUGAAAAGUAGUGCAACUGUAACGCAGAGUAUCCACACUUGACUUGGUAUUUUGGUUCAGGUAGGCACCACGCAGAGUAUUUUCCUCCGUCAGUGUGAGCAUGCGCAGUGUGCAGACGCUGGGACUCCAUUCGGCAGAGGUUUCCCUGAGCCUCUGCAUCCCGAACAGCUGUCCGCUGUGAUAAUAACUUCACCGGCUCUACACAAACCCCGCGACCAUGAGCGCAGAUCAUGCACACGGGAACUCGCAGGUCAAUUGUGGAUCCAAAGGAAGCGACGCCCACAAACAUAAAGACAAGCACAAAGACAAAGAACACCGACACAAAGACCACAAGAAAGACAAGGAGCGAGAGAAGAUCAAGCACAGCAACAGCGAACACAAGGAGCACUCUGAGAAGAAACACAGAGACAAAGAGAAGCUGAAGCACAGCAACGGGAGCUCAGACAAGCACAGGGAGAAACACAGAGAGAAGAGGAGAGAAGACAAGAUCAAAACAUCCCAAGUAGAAAAGCCAAAAAAGGAGAAAGAGAAUGGAUAUGUGAGAGAAAGAAGUCCGGCCGCCAUCAAGAGCGAACCUGAAGAAGACAACGGCUUCUACUCGUCUCCCCAACACAACAAGACGUCCAAACGAGAGUACGACGAUGAAGGAUUUGAAUACAAGCCCAAAAAAGUGAAGACGGAGCACGACAAGAAGGCCAAGAAGAGGAAACAUGAGUACGAAGAGGAGGACGAGGACGAGGACAUCAAGAAGAAGACAAAAGACAAGAAGGCCACGGAGGGAAAGAAAGGGAAAAAAGAGGAGGAGGAGAAGUGGAAAUGGUGGGAGGAGGAACGAGCCACCGACGGAUCCAAAUGGCGCUUCCUUGAGCACAAGGGUCCAGUGUUUGCUCCGCCGUAUGACUCCAUGCCUGACAAAGUCAAGUUCUACUAUGAUGGUAAGCCCAUGAAACUGAAUGCUCCUGCCGAGGAGGUUGCUACGUUUUUCGCCAAGAUGUUGGAUCACGAGUACACCACCAAGGACAUCUUCAGGAAGAACUUCUUCAAGGACUGGAGGAAGGAAAUGACAUUGGAGGAGAAAUCAAAGCUCAGCGACCUGAACAAGUGCGACUUCGGUGAGAUGAGUGAGUACUUCAAGGCCCAAUCAGAAGCCAGGAAACAGAUGUCCAAAGCGGAGAAACAGAAAAUCAAAGAAGAGAACGAGAGACUGCUCCAGGAGUACGGUUUCUGCAUCAUGGACAACCACAAGGAGAGGAUCGGAAACUUCCGCAUCGAGCCGCCGGGACUGUUCCGAGGACGAGGAGAUCACCCGAAGAUGGGGAUGCUGAAACGCCGCAUCAGACCCCAAGACAUCAUCAUUAACUGUAGCAAGGACUCCAAGCAGCCUAAACCUCCCCCAGGGACAAAGUGGAAGGAGGUUCGACAUGACAACAAGGUGACCUGGCUGGCUUCUUGGACGGAGAACAUCCAGGGAUCCAUCAAGUACAUCAUGUUGAAUCCAAGCUCCAGGAUCAAGGGGGAGAAGGACUGGCAGAAAUAUGAGACUGCUCGUCGGUUGAAGAAGUGUGUGGAUCGCAUCCGUACCCAGUAUAGAGAGGACUGGAAGUCAAAAGAGAUGAGGAUCAGGCAGAGAGCGGUGGCUCUUUAUUUCAUAGACAAGCUUGCACUGAGGGCGGGUAACGAAAAGGAGGAAGGUGAGACGGCGGACACCGUCGGCUGCUGCUCGCUGCGGGUGGAGCACAUCAAGCUGUACCCCAAGAUGGACGACCAGGAGUAUGUGGUGGAGUUUGACUUCUUGGGAAAGGACUCCAUCCGCUACUACAACAAGAUCCCCGUGGAGAAGAGGGUGUUUAAGAACCUCCAGCUGUUUCUGGAGAACAAGCAGCCUGAAGACGACCUCUUCGACAGACUGAAUACUUCUAUCCUGAAUAAGCACCUUCAGGAGCUGAUGGACGGCCUGACGGCGAAGGUCUUUCGCACCUACAACGCCUCCAUCACCCUGCAGCAGCAGCUCAAGGAACUCGCCUGCCCUGAGGACAGCCUCCCAGCUAAAGUCCUGUCUUACAACCGGGCCAACCGGGCGGUGGCCAUCCUCUGCAACCAUCAGAGAGCUCCACCCAAAACAUUUGAGAAGUCCAUGCAGAACCUUCAGACCAAGAUUGAUGAGAAACAGAAUCAGCUGUCUGCAGCCAGGAAGCAGCUGAAGGCUGCCAAGGCUGAACACAAGGCUUCCCAUGACGACAAGAGCAAAAGGAUUGUGGAGUUGAAGCGUAAAGCUGUCCAGAGGAUAGAGGAGCAGCUGAUGAAGCUCCAGGUUCAGGCCACCGACCGAGAGGAGAACAAGCAGAUCGCUCUGGGCACCUCCAAGCUCAACUACCUGGAUCCCCGGAUCUCUGUCGCAUGGUGCAAGAAAUGGGUCGUUCCCAUUGAGAAGAUCUACAACAAGACCCAGAGGGAGAAGUUUGCCUGGGCGAUAGACAUGGCAGAGAAGGACUACGAGUUUUAAACACACUUUGACGUUUUAUCUUUUCAAAACACGCCUUUGAUUGUAGAGGUUUGUAGUCGAUGUCAAAUGAUCCCACAGUGUGUGGUCACGGCACGACUGUUGGAGCUGUGACAUCAGUAUAUAUAUAUAUAUAUAUAUAUAUAUAUAUACAGGUAUAUAUAUGUGUGUAUAUAUAUAUAUAUAUAUAUAUAUGUGUAUAUAUACACACAUAUGGAUUGGCUGUGAAUAUAGGAACGAAGCUGCCAAUGGGCGACUCUCUUAAAAUAAAUGACAGUAGUGUGUAUGUAGCUGCGGCUAUCUGCCCACCAUUAAAACACCGAUGAACACGUUAGUAUUAUCUUUAGUCACGACACGACUGUACUGAGAUGUGUAAGCCAUCAGACUUUGCUGAGACGUUCUAUAUUCUCAUAGAAUAAUGAAUUAAUAAAUGUUUGUACGGGGAGGCUGCGAGGAGCAACACGAGAGAGAUAAUAGGAUGAAUUUCAAUUUGUGGAAUUGUGUGAACGAUUGGUACAAUAAAAUGACAGACUGGUGGCCGUGUGAAGUAUAGAAAACCCCACUAGCACUAAGUUCAUGUAAUUAUUAGCACACAGAAUGUCAUCUUUUUCAUUUAGUUUGGUUUGCUGUUUUAUUUCAGGGAUGUACAUAUUUAUUUGUCAUUUUUAAGUAACUAUGAUUCAGCGUUUUAUAAAGCAAUGUGUGCUGUAUGCAUCGUCAACAAGAAGCUCUUCAUUGCUUAUAUGCAACUCGUGUGUGUGUGUGUGUGUGUGUGUGUGUGUGUGUGUGUGUGUGUGUGUCCACAGAUUUACAGUCGUAACAAUCCUCUCGUGUUUUACUUGAAACAGCUCAAGUACGACAUUGUGUUGUCGUGUUUUCGUGUUUUCGUGUACCGGAGCUGAGAGAGACUGUUCCUUCACAUGGUUUUCUAAGAGGGACGUGGAUUUAAAAACAGAAGGAUCACAGAGGAGGUCCAUCAUUGUAGUGUUUGUAUCGCUGUGAAUAAGCAGAAAAGUGUGCUUCUUAAGGUUUUCCAAAUGUGAAUGGAUAUUAUAACUUUUGUCAUUAAUAUUUUGUGCUAUUUGGUCAUUUAUCACACAACUCUGGAUUGGUUGAAUGCUUGUUGUUUUGAGCUUUGUAGUUUUCAGAAUAAAACAUCGAUCUUUUCCUUUUUGUUUUUAUUAUGUGUGUAAAAAGGGAUUAAAUCAAGCCGAUCCACUGAGUAUACAAAGAGAAACACAAUCCUGUCAGAGAUGUAAUCAACUGAUCGGUCAGGUCAGAGGUCAUAGUUCAAUUACCAAUAAUCAAAAACAAUUGAUUUCCUGAUAUAGUUUCUAUUGUCGUUGUUUUUGUUGACAGAAGAGACAUUUGUCAAUUAUAAGAACAAAACUUCACCUUUUAUUGGUAAUUAUAAUAAUAAUACAGCUAAUUAUGAAGUACAGUAUAAGGUCUGUCUCUUUAAGAGGCCGGUAACAGGCGCUCCUACUGGAGGCACAAGCUGCGUCAAGCUAACGAGAGAACCGCAGCAUUACCGGAAGUAGGGGAAUUAUGCCAAAAUAAAUCAAAU